AUGUCGUCAAUUCUUGCAAUAUCUCUGGGAGGCGCUGCAGGAGGUGUGGCACUAUUAGGCGCCGUCACAGUCCUUGUAGUGCUAUGCCUGCGGCACCGCAGAAGAACUUCAGAUUCUUCAGAGAGUAAUUCCUCGGGUCCAUCUCAUCCAGACAUGCAGGGAGCAAGAUGUAUGCCACUGGAGGAACUGAAGUCUGCUACAAAUAACUUCAGCAGUUCGAAUCUCAUUGGAAAUGGAAUGUUCGGAGAGGUAUUCAACGGUUUACUCCAGGAUGGCACAAUUAUAGCUGUUAAAAGGCGGCAUUCUCCUCCUAGCCAGGAAUUUAUUCAAGAGGUUAAUUACCUAUCGUCUAUCCGUCAUCGUAACCUUGUAAAACUUUUGGGAUAUUGCCAGGACAAUGGCAUGCAGAUGCUUGUCUAUGAGUAUGUCCCCAAUGGAAGUGUUUCUACACAUUUGCAUGGAAAUGGCCAUGCUCCAACUGUAAGGCUAGAAUUCAAGCAGAGGCUUUCUAUUGCUCAUGGAACUGCUAAAGGCCUAAGUCACCUACAUUCCUUGACCCCUCCUGCUGUUCAUAUGAACUUCAAAACGGUUAAUGUCCUGGUGGAUGAGGAUUUCACACCAAAAGUUGCUGAUGCUGGGAUCCGAGGCCUUCUUGAUCGACUAGGCAGCGCUGACCCAUCUUCAAGGAUUUGUAACGAUCCAUUCCUUGAUCCACGAGGGAGGGAGGCCAUGAUUUUUUCCAUACAAAGUGAUGUAUACAGUUUUGGUGUGUUCCUUGUGGAGUUGAUCAGUGGAAGGAGAGCUGUGGCUGAUAAAAGCAUUAUUGAAUGGGUACAAAACUUUCUAGAAUCAAGUGAUAUCUCUGCAAUAGCAGAUAGCAGAAUGGCCAGUGGCUUUACCUCAGAAAGCAUGAAGGAAUUGUUGCGCUUGGCGUCUUGGUGCCUGAACCAGAUGGGUGAGCAUCGUCCAUCGAUGAGCUUGGUGGAGGCUGAGAUACACCGGAUACGCGAGCAAGAGAUCAGGCUGACGACGAUCAUGCCAGAAGCUACUACAACUGUGACUCUAGGCAGCCAGCUCUUCACAGCAUCAAGAUGAUGUAGAAUGGAAUGUUAUAGCUAGUUUCCUCUUUCAGGGUUAUAGAUUAGCUAUUCUAUCUCCAUUUUUUCACCAUUAGCUU